UUGUCAAUACAAACAAACGUUUAAUUCUCUUAUUGACUUUAGAAAUGUUAAAUUAAAAAAAAAAUGUUUUUAUUGAUUAUAAAAUUGAUUGUCUCUUAUGUACGAAAGCAAAAGCUGAAAGUGCUAUAAUGUAUGGUACGGCAGCAAUGUUUGUUAUAACUGGGACAGGCUGCUUCAUGCUCGGUGCCCUUGCUCAGCAAACUAUAUCGCAUAGAAGAAUUAGGAAGGUCAUGCUUGCCGAUCCAUAUGUUUUUAAAUGUCGCAAUAAUAUCUUUCAGGCAUUAGCAUUCCUUGGGAUACAAAGGAAGGAACACAUAAUCACGAGUAUCUUUUCAACGGAGACAGUGGAUCAAGGAGAAACCAAGGAGACUCAACCAAGUAAAACCAAGUCGCGAGAAGGGGAAUCCAUUUUUACGAAACUCGGAUUGUGGAGUCGUACGCAGGCUAACAAAAUGGUGGAGCUAAUGCCCCUUCCCAUGGGGCUGAUAGAUGGUCGAACUUAUAAAAGUAAGCACGUUGACGGUAUCAUGAAGUACGGAUUCCCGGGAGUGGAUGAAAUACAUGUGUAUAAGAAUUUCGUACUUUCCUAUGAUCGCCGAAAUCGGAUUCCGCAUUGGGUGUGUGAGCACGUCAAAGAAGACUGCUUUAAGAGUGUAGACGAAAAGACUCUUAACAAGCCGAAUGAAUAUAUGAUGGAUAGCAGCAUUGCGACAACCUUCAGUCCAAAUAUGCGGGACUUUCGGAAUAGCGACUGGGUCGGAGGUCACAUGGCCUCUCCUCACAACUACAAAUGCGACUACGAAAGUUUCGCCGAGACAUACAUGUUCCCCAAUAUAACACCCAUCAGUCGGGAUCUCAAGAACCACCUUUGGCGACGUUUGCAGAUUUAUGUCAGGGAACUGGCGGAAAAGUAUGGUUCAGUACACGUGUACACCGGUCCCCUAUUCAUGCCCCAGAGGAUCUCCUUCCGAAACUGGGCGGUCCGCCAUCACGUGAUGGGAAUGAAUACCGUCGCAGUACCAACUCACUUCUUUAAAAUCAUCAUAUGCGAGCUGCCUGAUGAUAAAGAUGAUCUACCCACCAUGGAGGGCUUUGUAGUACCCAAUGCCGCCGUCGACAAGGAAAUGGAUCUGCGAGCAUUUUUGUCAGACAUUCGGGAUAUUGAGCAUUUCGCGGGUCUGAAAUUUUAUGAGGGGAAGCAAGGAAUCCUAGACGAAACACUUGGUAAUACACCCAUCACCUACGAUGCAUAAA